CUUCUCAUCAUAUUCUCCUCUCGAUAACACCCUUGGUUAACAUUUUUUUUUCCCUUGUAAACCAAUUGAUUCGUGUUCUUACUAGGAGUUUUGUGAAGAUUUUUUGAUAUUCCUUUUUUAAAUUGAUUUAAUCUGUUAGAUCCUUUUAUGUCUUGGUCUUAUUUUCAUCUCUCUGCCAUUAAGUUUUAAUCUUCUGUCAUUCUUUUCAUUUGGAAGCCUAAAAGAUUGAAUCUUGUGGCUGAAUCUUUACUAUGUUCUGUUUUUAGUUUCUCAAAAUGCGAGAUUUAUUUUUGUUCGUUCGCUCUGAAUCUUGAUUUUGUGAUUUGGGUUGGUGGGAUUUGAAUAAUUUCUGUAAUGGGCGCUUUAGAUGAGGGGCAUUCCUAUCUGGAGCUAGCAAAUGGAGUGAAGCGUGGAGGCUGCGUUGAACUGAGUUUUGAGGAGGAACCUGAGAUUCUGGACAUUGAGGAUGCUGUGAGAGUCCUCUUGCGGGGUUUGGGAGAAGAUAUCGAACGUGAAGGUAUACGAAAGACUCCUCUUCGUGUAGCCAAGGCUCUUCGGGAAGGAACUAGAGGUUAUAAACAGAAGGUGAAGGACAUUGUCUCUGGCGCCUUAUUCCCCGAAGCUGGGUUAGAAAGUGGAGUUGGACAUGCUGGUGGAGUUGGUGGGCUUGUAAUUGUUCGAGAUCUUGAUCUCUUCUCCUAUUGCGAGUCUUGUCUGUUUCCAUUCCAGAUUAAAUGUCACGUGGGUUAUGUCCCAUCUGGCCAGCGGGUUGUAGGCCUAAGCAAGCUCUCUCGAGUAGCUGACAUCUUUGCAAAACGGCUUCAAGAUCCACGGCGCUUGGCCUAUGAGUUGUGUACAGCUUUGCAGCACGGUAUCAAAGCUACAGGCGUUGCUGUUGUUCUCCAAUGUUCUCACAUUCAUUUGCCAAAUUUUGAGUUGGCCAUUUUGGACCCCAAUCACGAAGGAUGGGUUAAGAUUUUAGUUGCAUCAGGGUCAGGAGUUUUCGAAGACGAGAAGUCUGAUAGUUGGACAGAUUUUUUAAGUCUUCUGAGAUUCCGAGAUAUAAAUGCAGAGGAUAUCCAUUCUAGAGGCUCGAAUGAAAAAUCUUGGUGCCCGGCUCACACUUUCUGCAUGACAGAACCAGCAAAUUCAGUAAUGCUUAAUGCAGUAGCUUCAAUUCUUUUUUCUUUGGGUGAAGAUCCAUUACGGAAAGAGCUCAUUGAAACUCCUGCUCGAUUUGUGAAGUGGUUAAUGAAGUUUAGAAAUACUAAUCUGGAUAUGAAGCUAAAUGGGUUUGUCCGAAAUAGUAGAGGUUCUCUAACUUCCAAUGGAGUAGACCAUAUUGAAGAUCGUUUCUGUUCAGAACUGAACUUGACAUUAUGGUCGCAAUGUGAACACCAUUUGCUUCCCUUCCAUGGUGUAGUGCAUAUAGGUUUUUACUGUUCCAAUGGGGUGAACCCCGUUGGAAGAUCUCUUUUACAGUCAAUAGUACAUUUUUAUGGAUUCAAGCUCCAAGUACAGGAAAGACUGACCAGGCAAAUAGCGGAGACAGUUUCAUCUGUUUUAGGUGAAGAUGUAAUGGUAGUUGUGGAAGCUAAUCACACGUGCAUGAUAGCUCGAGGGAUCGAGAAAUAUGGCAGCAAUACUGCUACAAUUGGAGUCUUAGGUCGAUUUUCUACUGACUCUGCAGCUAGAGCGAAAUUUUUGCAGAUCAUUCCCAGCUCACGCCCUGCUUGAGAUUGAAUUUUUAGUUCGAAGUGAAAACAACUCAUUCAUCAAUUGAUUCCCCUUCUUUCCAAUACGUCUUUUUGUGUCGCUGAGGCACGAGGAAGACUCUUCCAAUAAGAAUAACAAGUCCUGCUCAAAAUUUUGAUUUGUGCAAGGAGCGCCACUGUAACUGUAGAUGAAUCUUCUACAUCAUUAUUAUAUUUAUUUCUCAUGUGUUAUUGCGA